AUGGCUCUUUUCUCUCUUUUUCAGUUAUACAAAUUAGUUGCGUUGGCAUUGGUCUUCACGGCUGCCAGCACUCUCUAUGCAUGGAUUAAGCGUGACCGCCCUGGAGGGUGGCCACUCAUUGGUAUUGGCAUCGGUCUGCCCAAGAAUUCAGUUGAGGUCCUUGGUAACUGGGCCAUGCAGUACGGCGAGGUCUACAAGAUUAGAGUCGGCUGGUACAACUGGGUCGUUAUCAACAGCCCAGAAGCAAUGCGAGACAUCUUCGACAAACAAUCAGUCAACACCUCGUCUAGAUCUCCCAUGCCCCUCGCUCAUGAUGUCGCCGUCGGUGGUAUGCGCAUGAAUACUAUUCCUUAUGGAAAGAAGUGGCGAGCAUACCGUACUAUUGUGCAUGGGCUUCUGUCCACCACUUUGACCGAUGCAUUCAAUCCUUCUCAGGAGUUUGAGACCAAACAGCUCCUUCAUGACUUUGCAUUCAAAAAUGACGAUGGAAAGCAAUUCUACUGGCACGUGCGACGCUACUUCUUCAGCAUCUUGAUGACAAGUUGCUACGGCUCGCGGGUAGAUAGCUGGGAGCAUGAAGAUGUUCGCAGCGCUAUUCACAGCACACAACUACUCAGCAAGAUUUCAAAGCCAGGAUCCUUUAUUGUGGAUGAGGUUCCCCCUCUCGCUAAAUUGCCAGCCUGGCUGCAACCUGGCCGCCGUAUGGCGGAGUCGUUGAGGUUACCAAUUCUGAAUGCCAAACUUCGCCUGUGGAACCGACUUGGUGACCAGAUGACAAAUGGUACUGCACCUAUGUGUUUCGGCCGGAAGCUGAAAGAGAACGAUAAAUCGUGGCGCGAUCAGGGACUUACUGAUGACGACUUUGCCUGGAUUGUCGGCGGUAUCGCUGAUGCUGGCUCUGGAACAUCGACUGUAACCUUCAACUCUGCUAUCUUGUAUAUGGCGGCAAAUCCCCACGUCCAGGACAAAGCUUACGAAGAGCUUAUGCGUGUUGUUGGACCUCACCGUUCGCCAAACAUCGAAGACCUGCCCAAUCUGCCUUAUAUCAACGCAUGUAUCAAGGAAACCAUUCGUCUCAAGCCUGUCCCCGUCUGGUGCAUCAAGCGCUUCGCCGACGGAGAUGUUCGCUACAAGGAUUAUGUCAUUCCAAAGGGCACAGUUCUUCUAGGAAACACGAUGUUCCUCGGCUCAGAUCCGAGCAAAUAUGAAGACCCGCAAUCUUUCAAGCCCGAGCGUUAUCUAGGUUUCCCUCGUUCCAGCUUCGAAUACGCUGCUGGAGAUCAGACCAAGCGUGAUCACUUUUCCUUCGGCGUUGGCCGUCGUGUCUGCCCUGGUGCUAAGCUUGCUGAGAUGACUCUUGACCUUGCUCUUGCGAACAUUUUGUGGGCUCUUGCCAUCAAACCGCCUCACGGUAUCGCUGCCAUCGAUGAUGGUCCUGGCUCCUGGGAUGAUACCGAAUUUCAAGCUCCUAAGCCAUUCUCUGUACGCUUUGAGCCUCGCAGGCCCGAGGCUUUGGACUUUGUCAAGAAACAGUGGGAGACUAGCAUGGAAGAGGGCUACAUCCUCAAUGGAAGGCGGGUUGAUGUGAAGGGUGUUGUGCAUUGAGUCCAAUUACCAUUGCACGACAUUUUCUUAGGAAUUUAAGCAUGCCAUCGGGCAAUUAUCGCUCGAAAUAUGACGAAUUUUCCUUGCCUCUACCUCGUUCCCGCCAAGGUACCUUUUCCUUAUGUAAGUAGGGGGUUGGUAUUCAUCCAUCCGAGUCUUCAUUUACACCGAGCAUAUCCUGUUUAUUGGGAGUAUGCCAUGGUUUGGUUAUGUAUUUCGAUAAGAGUGGAAUUAAAAUUGUUACA